CCCGGCUCGCAGCCUCUCACAGGAUGGGAGGGGGGGGAGGCGCCGCUGCCUUGGCAGCAGCCGGGACGCGGAGAGUCUCUCGCUUCAGCUUGGCUUGGAGGGUGGCGCCGCUAUGCUGGGGGCCGAGAUCCCCUUCCCACGCCCCAGGAGAGAAGCGUGGCCAGAGCUCGAGGAGGACCCCUCGCCGCCGGGGACCGGGGUGGAAGCCUCGGCUGGGCAGGGGAUUGCUGCCACCACCACCUCUUCUUCUUCCUCCUCCUCCUCGAUGGCGCAGCGGUGGGAGGAGGAGAGGCGGGGGGCGGCCCCCUUGGACAGAGACCCCCCGCGCGGGAAGGAGGCGGCCGGGGGCGAGGAGGAGCCGCUCCUCAGGGGCAUUUUCCAGAUCGGGAAAAGGAGCUGUGACGUGGUGCUCAGCGCCAGGCAGCUCCGGUGGAGCCCCAUCCAGCCCGAGAGUCGUGGGGGUGAUUCCAAUAUGAACUUACCAUAUAAAGAGGAGCUUGUUGAAAUGAAAGAUAUAUUUUCUGUAAAAUUGAAACGUCGUCGUUUUGUAGGACAGAAGAAAGGUGGUGUAUUGUUAGGUAUCACAGUUUUUGUAUGCCUGAAAAAAGAAAAUAAACUAAAGGAUUCUGCCAUCAAUUUUAAUAAUUUAAGUGAAGACCACUGCCAUUCCUGGUUUAGCUGUUUGAAGGAAAUUUUGAACGGCUUUCCAAAUAGGCCAAAGUCCCUAAAAGUAUUUGUUAACCCAAACAGUCAUAAAAGAGAAGCUACUCAUAUUUAUUAUGAACAAGUUGCACCUCUCUUUAAGCUUGCUGACAUAAAAACUGACGUCACAGUAACUGAAUAUGAAGGACAUGCUCUCUCAUUGCUUAAGGAAUGUGAACUCCACACAUUUGAUGGGGUGGUUUGUAUUGGUGGUGAUGGGUCCACCAGUGAGAUAGCUCAUGGUCUACUACUUAGAGCUCAGAUGGAUGCUGGAAGAGAUACAGAUUACAUUCUUUCACCUGUCAGAGCACCACUUCCUCUUGGCAUUAUACCAGCCGGUUCCACUAAUAUUUUGGCUCAUACUCUUCAUGGAAUCAACCAUGCAGUAACUGCAACAUUGCACAUUAUAAUGGGACAUAUACAGCCAGUGGACAUCUGCACUUUCAGUAGUCCAAGCAAGCUUCUUCGUUUUGGAUUCUCGGCUAUGUUUGGUUUUGGUGCAAGAACUCUGGCUUUGGCAGAAAAGCAUCGCUGGAUGCCCUCUAACCAGCGGAGAGAUUUUGCUGUAAUUAAAACAUUGGCAAAUCUAAAGCCAGAGGAAUGUGAGUUAUCAUUUCUACCUCUGAAAAAUUCACUGCAGGGCUCCCAGGAGAAUGUUACAAAGAAGAAAGAGAGACUUAAAAAAUCUGACAGCAAGGUUCAAUGGCACACGAUUCAAGGUCACUUCCUGAAUGUGAGCAUUAUGGCAAUCCCCUGUCUAUGUUCAAUGGCACCAAGAGGCUUGGCACCUAAUACCAGGUUGAAUAACGGUAACAUGGCUCUUAUUGUUGUACGAAACACUUCUCGGUCAGAGUUUAUAAAACAUCUGAAAAGAUACGCCAGUGUAAAAAAUCAGUUUAAUUUUCCCUUUGUUGAGACCUAUGCAGUUCAGGAAGUAAAAGUCCAGCCAAGAACUAAAAUUGGGCAUGACACAGAAGAAAAUGUGUAUUUGCAUGCUAUUUCUGCAGAAGGGAAUUAUCCUUGGAAUAUAGAUGGAGAUUUAAUGGAAGGAGCAUCAGAGGUUCACGUUCGGGCGCACCCACAACUUAUUAAUCUUUAUGGAGUGAGUAUUGAUGAACUGGAUGAUUCCAAAGCAAUGUGCAGUUGUCUGUAGAAGAAAUUUAUGAUGAAAUGUGUUUCAUGGUGCAGGCUCUGCAUAAAAGAUUCAUAUUUUCAUCUUUAAACAGCAAUUUAAGGCCCAUUUCUUCAUCCACUGAAGUCAAUGGAUGAAGGAUCGAGACUGAAAUUAGGAUGUUUAUAUAAAACUAACAAAAAAAAUUAUCAAGUAAAAUAAUUGUAAUUAUCGAACAAAAUGUUUAUAGUUUUUAACCUUAGAAAGCCUGAAAAUAAAUAUGUUGACAAAUAUACUUAUUUGUAGGUGGUAUAUAUUUGAUUAAAAACUGAUUACUAGAAUUUCAGCAAAAAAAAUGUUAAGUUUUUUAAACAGAAUAUUGCAGGGUUUGAGUUCAGUUUGACGUUUGAUUUGGUUAGCCUUCGUUGUAUCUAAUCAUAUUUUACUUCACUGGUAACCCUAAUUCAUAUCACUAGAACUAGUCCUGGAGUAAAGUACUAGUUACUAUGAGUUGGGGUGGCAUAAUUUGGCUUCUGUCAGGUCCUUCAAUAUCCAGAUAACCUCUGACCUUAAAUGAGAUGAUGUAAAAAUUUGCUUGCUUUCAGCAUUGACUAGUUAGGUCUUAAGCUACUUUUUCUUUUACAAUUAUUAUUCACUUAGAUUGUAACAUUUGUUCAAACUUACUUUGUUUUAAACUUUAAUCUUGUAGAAAAUAUUUAAAGUUUACUUUAUCAGUAAAACUGGGUAGUAAUCAGAAUAAUGCAUUAUUUUUUGCUAGAAUAAGGCAGCAAUGCUGAGUAAAAUUUAAUUUUAGAUUUUGAGUGAUACUUUCAUAGUGCACAUAUUUUAAGUAGAAAGUAGGCAUGUAAACAGAUUAAUUUUAUAAAUUACAUGGUAAAUGCAAUAAUUAUGCAUGACACUGGUACAGAUUAGGAUUCCAGCCUUCAUGGGAAUUGAACUUGUCAUGGCAGCAUGGCUAUCUCCUGCAUUGCAAUUUGAUGGGAACUAACAUCUUGACAGAUUUGUCAGUGUGCUUGACCUGCAGGAGGAAAAGCUUAGAUGUGGGUGUGCCCUUAUUCAUUAGGUUAAAGAUAUGAGGCAUCCCAACUAGGGCUGAGGGAGGAACUCUGCAUUUCCCUGUGACUAAACCACAGAUGAUGUUGCCCAUUGGUCUUUAAGGCCUCAAUUCAUUAAGCAUUUAAGUCAUGGGGAUUUCACUAUGUGCCUAAGUCUUUGCUGAACUAGAGCCCAAGUAUUUAAAUGGGAUUAGUGAGGAUUAUAGGAACACACCAGAAGUUUGGUUCAUAUUUUUAAUAAGCAUUAUACCUCAACUUUAAAUCAAAAAAUUAGUAUGGAUAUUUUCUUUCUUCCUCCACUCCCUUAACAAGUAGCAUCAGCAAAUGAUUAUUCAUCUUCAAAAAACAAAAGAGCAGAUUACACAGAACCAAAUUCUGUCUUCAUACUCACAUUAAUGUCAGUGGAACUGCAGGGAAGGUACCUGUGGGCAGAAUUUGGCCUGUAUUAACUGCAGUAUAGUGGAUUACAAAGUAAAUCCAGUGGUCCAAAUUCUGCUAUUACAGUGGUGUAAAAUGAAAGUCACUAGUUACUUGCAGGGCGCUACUCCAGAUUUGUGCCACUAUAACAGAGUAAUUUGAUGCUAUAUAAUUAAUCCAGAAGCAUUAAAGUACUGUGCUUGAGUAGUGAAAACUGAAUUUCUUCUUUGAUUCUUUAAAGAUAUUCCACCUUCAUAAACCAUUAUUAUAGAUUUAACUGUAUUUUAUUACCUCUGCAAAUUCUAUCAACAAAAUAAUUAAAUUUGCAAAAGAUAGUGUACAGUUGUUUUUAUUAUAAAAUUCAGUUGAACAAUCAUUUAUUAAUAAACAUGCUGCCAUCAGGAAAUCUUACAUUCACAUUUUUCAUUUACUUAUUUAGAUUAAACCUCAAUGUUUGUUUAUUAAAUUAAUUGAAUUUUGCUUGAAUAUCUCAGAGAAAUACCUGAUCAAUUGUAAUAUAGCAUAGUUUGAAUAGCAAUGUGCAAUUUCCAAGUAACACUUGUGCAUUUAGUUACUUACUAAAGCAAUUCCAAAAAAAUCCUUUGUAAUCUAAUUUCCUUGCAUUGUUUGUAUUAAAGCAAUUUUAAUGCUGCUUUUGGUAUUUGAGGUACAGUUCUCACAACACACUAUAUUAGACUAUCUGUUCAAAUAUGUGUUGAUUAAAGUGCAAUAAUUCAUUUGGCUCUAUACUCUUUAAAAGUCCUUUUUAGAAUAUACAUUUUGCAAAUAGUUUAGUUUUUAAGGAUGAAAUAUUUCACUCAUAGCACAUUUUAUUCUAAAAAUAAGAUCAUCUUUCUGUAUGUACACAUUUGUUCUUAAUAUAAUGCAGAAUAUUUUAGAACAGAAAGCCAAUGCCUUGAGAUAAGAUCUGUUUUUCAGAAGUAUGGAAGCACCCAUGACACCAACUGAAGUAAAUGAAAACCACAGGUUCUUGGCCCUCUGUGGAAAAUCAUGCUCUGUUACCUUUUGAUUCUUUAGCCUAGGUCAAAAAGCCACUUUGGAAAAAUGUAUAUAACUCUAUUAGCAAAAUAAUUUGUUGAAGGCAAUCUUUGUUGCUAUUAACUCGGGAGCUUUAUUACCAAGUGAUGUUGCAUAAUGUCCACAUUUAUUACAU